AUGGGGUCCAUCCCCCUCACGCGUCCAGUCCCUCCCCCUCACGCGUCCAGUCCCUCCCCUCACGCGUCCGGUUCCUCCCCCUCACGCGUCCCGUCCCUCCCCCUCGCGCGUCCCGUCCCUCCCCCUCGCGCGCCCAGUCCCUCCCCCUCGCGCGCCCAGUCCCUCCCCCUCGCGCGCCCAGUCCCUCCCCCUCGCGCGCCCAGUCCCUCCCCCUCGCGCGCCCAGUCCCUCCCCCUCGCGCGCCCAGUCCCUCCCCCUCGCGCGCCCAGUCCCUCCCCCUCGCGCGCCCAGUCCCUCCCCCUCGCGCGCCCAGUCUCUCCCCCCCGCGCGCCCAGUCCCUCCCCCUCGCGCGUCCAGUCCCUCCCCCUCGCGCGUCUAGUCCCUCCUCUUCGCACGUCCAGUCCCUCCCCCUCGCGCGUCCAGUCCCUCCCCCUCGCGUGUCCAGACCCUCCCCCUCGCGCGUCCAGUCCCUCCCCCUCGCGCGUCCAGUCCUUCCCCCUCACGCCUCCCCAUUCCUUCCCCCUCACGCUUCAAUUCCUUCCCCCUCACGCUACCAUUCCCUCCCCCUCACGCUUCCAUUCUCUCCCCCUCACGCCUCCAUUCCCACACGCUCACGCUUCCAUUCGUUCCCCCUCACGCAUCCAGUCCAUCCCCCUCACGCGUCCAGUCCCUCCCCCUCACGCGUCCAGUCCCUCCCCUCACGCGUCCGGUCCCUCCCCCUCACGCGUCCCGUCCCUCCCCCUCGCGCGUCUCGUCCUUCCCCCUCGCGCGCCCAGUCCCUCCCCCUCGCGCGCCCAGUCCCUCGCCCAGUUCCUCCCCCUCGCGCGCCCAGUCCCUCCCCAUCGCGCGCCCAGUCCCUCCCCCUCGCGCGCCCAGUCCCUCCCCCUCACGCCUCCCCAUUCCUUCCCCCUCACGCUUCAAUUCCUUCCCCCUCACGCUUCCAUUCCCUCCCCCUCACGCUUCCACACUCUUCCAUUCUCUCGCAAACACGCUUCUAAUUCCCUCUCCCUCACGCUUCCAAUCACUCCCCCGCUCGUUUCCAUUCCCUCCCCCGCACACUUCCGUUCCCUCCUCCGCUCGUACAUAUUCCCUUUCCCGCCCGCUUCCAUGCUCUCUCCUUCACACCUUUCACUCCCCCUCAUGCUUGCAUCCCUUCCCUUCCUUCCUCUCCCUUCCGUCCCUUCCCUACCCAUCCCUUCACCUUCCUUCAGUUUACCACCCUCUCUUUCCUCUCCCCUAGUUUUCCCUACCUCCCCUUCCAAUCCCCUAUCAAUGAUUUCCUCCACUCCCAUCCCUUCCUUCCCUACCAUUUCCUUUCCUUCCCGCUUUUCCCUUCCCUUCCCUUCCCUCCCCUUCCUAUCCCUUCCCUUCCCUUCCUUUCCCAUCCCUUCCCAUACCUUCCCUACCUAUCUACACCCCUUCCUAUCCCUUCCCGUCCCAUCCCCUGCUUCCCAAAGGACAAUCCCUUCCCAUCGUCUCCGUUCCAGUCCCUCCCCUUGCUUCAGGUGCCCUUUCCUUCCCUUCGUCUCCUUCCUUUCCUUUCCCUUCCCAAUCCCACACACUUCCGUUCUUUCCCCUGCUCGAUGCCAUUCCCUCCCCUGCUCGCUUCCAUUCUCUUUCCAACUCGCUUCCAUGCCCUCUCCUCACGCUCCCAUUCCACCCCCCUUACGGUUGCAUCCCUUCCCCUCAUCCUUGCAUCCCUUCCCCUCACUCUUGCAUCCCUUCUCAACCUUGCAUCCCUUCCUUCACUUCACUCUUGCAUCCCUUCUUCUUUCUUCAGUUUACCACCCUCUCUUUCCUCUCCCCUAG